AAAUAAAAGUUACUCUUUACGUCACCAAUUUUCUUUUUUUUUUUCCACAAAAUUGCACAGAAACUGUUAAAUUGGACGAAAUUGCUCCAAAUUGUGUCUUCUUGUAAUUAAAGAUUAAAGAUUCCAUUUUUUUUCACCUAAAAUUAUUAAAAAAAACAUUUUUUUUUUGAAUCUUGGUGUUUAUGGCCUGGGACUCAAGUGACAGCUUGUAGAAGAGGAUGGCAAAGAAACCUGAAUCUGUAUUCCUUGAAGAAUGGCUAUGCAGAAUCAGUGGCACCCAGGAGAACGUGACACUGAAACAUCCUUCUUCGGCAUCAGCCCAAGCUAUCAUCCAAGCAUGGGCUGAUCUUAGGGACUCCCUUCAAAAUCAAGCGUUCCACUCAAAUCACCUCCAAUCCCUAAGGACCCUCGUUGAUGCUCAGUUCUCUCUCUAUAUUGCUGAUCCACAAGCAAAAAUUCUGUUGUCUAUAUUGUCCUCUCAAAAAGUCUCCCUUCCACAGGAAUCUUAUCCUUUAUUUGUCAGGCUUCUAUACAUUUGGGUUCGGAAAUCAUUUAGACAUUCUCCUGGGGUCAUUGAUUCAGCAGUUGAGGUCCUUUUGCACCUUUUCUCUGGGCAUAUUCAUUCAAACAAAAGCUUAUCUUUCUUCUCUGAAGGUGUUCUUCUCCUUGGUGCUCUUUCUUUUGUACCUUCAGCAUCCGAAAAAUCUAAAACCGUUUGCUUGAAAUUGCUUUGCCAGCUUCUUGAAGAAGACUAUAGAUUGAUCCAUUUGUCUGAGAGGACAAUCCCGAAUGUUCUUGCAGGAAUUGGCUAUGCUCUAUCUUCUUCUGUGAACACAUAUUUUGUUAGAGUUCUCAGUUGUUUAAUGGAAUUGUGGGAUAAAAGCGACGGCCCUUUUGCUAGUUUGUCUAAUGGGCUCAUGAUACUGCAUCUGAUGGAGUGGAGUUUCUCAAAUUUUAUCAAUUCUAACUCCGCAGAAAAGAUUGAUCUUUUCAGAAGAGAGGUAUUGAAUAACACACGACCAGCAUUCUCUUUGUUUGCUGUAGUCAUGGCUGCUGCUGGAGUACUGAGAGUCAUCAAUAGAUCUGAAAAGAAAGCACUAACUGACCUUAAGAUUUCUGUUGAGGAACGAAUCGAGACCAUUGCAUGUGGUUUAGUUUCUAGUGCUGUAGAUGCUGAUUAUGCUACAAUGGAGCCAAGAAACUCCUUUCUGUUACAGUGUAUAUCAUUAGCUUUAUCUAAAAGUGGACCAUUUUCUUACCAACCUCAUGUGUUUCUAUGCCUUGCUACAGCUUUAUUGACUGAAAUCUUCCCCUUGCCACACAUUUAUGUAAAAAUCCAAGAAUCACCUUCUGGCAACUUGGUGGGAUUAGUUCUCAAUGACGUGCAGCAACACCUAGACAGCAUUAUUUUUAAGGAAGCAGGGGCAAUAACUGGUGUUUUUUGCAAUCAGUAUGUCAUGGCUGAUGAGGAAAACCGAAGUGCCGUAGAGGAUAUCAUAUGGAAUUACUGUCGGGAUGUCUAUAUGUGGCAUCGGAAGGUUGCUUUGAUGCUUGGAGGUAGGGAGGAAGCGCUGUUAGGGAAUCUGGAAAAAAUUGCUGAAUCUGCUUUCCUCAUGGUUGUGGUCUUUGCCUUAGCAGUAACAAAGCAAAAGUUAAGUUUAAGUGCUCCCCAAGAAAUUCAAAUGAGACUUUCAGUGAGGAUAUUGGUUGCAUUUUCUUGUAUGGAAUAUUUCCGCAGAAUGCGUUUGCCAGAGUACAUGGAUACAAUUAGAGCAGUUGUUACAAGGGUUCAGGAGAAUGUACAUGCCUGUGUCUCAUUCUUGGAAUCUAUUCCAUCUUAUGAUGAUUUGACAAACCAAGCUGUACCUUCUAGCUUUCAGAAAAUGGAAUAUAUGUGGACUACUGAUGAAGUGCAGACUGCUCGGAUCUUAUUUUACAUGCGAGUAAUUCCAACUUGCAUAGAAUGUAUACCAGCCUCUGUAUUCCGCAAGGUGCUGGCUCCAACCAUGUUCCUAUACAUGGGGCAUCCAACUGGAAAAUUGGCUAAAGCCUCACACUCGGUGUUUGUCGCUUUCAUGUCCUCUGGUAAGGAUGCUGAUCCAGAUGAAAGAGAUACAUUAAAGGAGCAACUUGUAUUUUAUUAUGUCAAGAGAUCUUUAGAGGGAUAUCCUGGGAUUACUCCUUUUGAGGGAAUGGCUUCUGGAGUUGUUGCACUGGUUAGACAUCUGCCUGCUGGAAGCCCGUCUAUAUUCUAUUGCAUCCACUGUCUCAUUGAGAAGGCUGAUAGCCUUUGUAGUUCAGUCGAUACUACUCCAGAAACUGACUUGUGGAAGAGUUGGGAUGGAGAGAUGGAGCCUUUCAAGAUGUUGGAUUUACUUUUUCGUCUCCUUUCUCUUGUUGAUAUACAGGUUCUACCUAGUUUGAUGAAGUCACUGGCACAGUUGGUCGUUACAUUACCACCAAGUGGCCAGGAUAUCAUUCUCAAUGAAUUAUAUCAACAUGUUGCAGAAUCAGAUGAUGUUACACGGAAACCGACAAUGGUUUCGUGGUUGCAGUCACUGUCUUAUCUUAGUUAUCAAAAUACUAGCAAGAAAGCACCAAAAGUGGCAGCAAAAGAAAGACAUGAUUCAAUGUCAGGAACUACAGACUCAUUAAGCAUGAAUAAAAUCAGUGCACGUCUAUAGAAGAUUGAGGUAUACAAUUCUCACUUAAUUGUUGGUAAUAUUACACAAGAAUACAUGUCCACUGUUAAUCACUGGUCCCUUGAAAUUUCAUCACAUCACACAUGAAUAAAACAAACAAUCGUGGACAAUGGUUAUGCAGGAGUCAUGGAUACCCGAAAUGUGUAAGAUGAGGUUAAUGCUGAGAUUGGUGCUCUUCUUUAAUCUGAUGAGAAAAUGUUCAUUGUUUGGACUGCAUUUGACUUGCAAUUCUGUGCAUAAAGGAAUGUUAGGUUUUAUUGCAUUGUUGUUUAUAAAUAAACUUGUAUUACAAAGGGAUCAAAUGAGGAAGAAUUCUGAAAGACUUCUCUUCUAUUUAUCAAGAAGUGAUGUGACAAGUCACAAGUACUUGCAAUUAUAAAUGUCACACAGGAGUGAGGAUCAUGAAUUGGCUUUCUGGUGUUAUAUCCCACAUAUUUCCGUGUCUAUGAUUUCUGGAUCCAUUCAAUUUUGAAGUUUCUUCGCAGAAUUAUCAGGAUCUGUUGCCAGUAAUCCAGGGCGAAAUUCAACAUCCAACGCCAAGGGGUGAGUUCUCACUUCCAAAUGCUGCCUCCAAAAUUGGUUUGUGGAUAGCCAUAAACCUGUAUGGUGUAAAAUAUGUUGGCUUAGUGGCUGUAUCCUUUGAGAUUUACCAUUUGUUCAUGAAGACUUGGGUCUGCUUUGAGAUGGUAUCGACACAAACUUCAUCAGAUUCUGUUCAACAAGCCAAGAGGAAGUAUGAUGCAGGGUGAAAUUGUGCUUGCCAUAUCUUGCUCUCACUCACUUUAUCAAGCUUCCCUCACCUCAGCUUGUUCCUGCUUUACUUGGUAUAUAUGCCGAAUUGUGAAGCAACUCUGCCACUGCUCAUCCUAUACCAUAUCAUGAUGCCCCUUCCUCCAACGAACAAAUGCUGGAAAAGAUUGAAAAUGUUGUAACAUAGACAUUAUACAACUUCUUGACUAUACACUUAUAUGAUUGAUUAUACUGAAUUACAAAUAUUCUGUUAGCAUAAAUGGUCAAGAAACACUGAAGUAUUCUUCCCUCAGUUCACUCUUCUAGUAGGACUGGAUACUUUCAGAGAUGUAUAUUUAGCUGCCUUCCCUUGGUGUAUGCUUGAGAUUGAAUAAAAUGUUCCUUUACUGAAUGUAGUGGUUUUGACUCA